AAUAGCUGUUUGAAUAAUUGCACUUUUUUAUUCUGUCGACUGUGAAUUAUAGUCAUAUUUGUACAAUAUUUGCUUAUAAUUUUAAUGCAUUUUUGUUCAUACUCAAACGCGAACAGCUAACUAUAGCUACCUUAGCCAACUUUAUGAGGCAGUUUGUCGUUGCGGUUGUGUUAAAACGGAUGGAAAUUUGUUAGAAAUAUAAUAGAUAUACGUUAGCCUCUAAUAAUGUUCAAUAAUGCAAGUGAUUAACAUAUGCAUGCUCUGCUGUCCUCCCCUAUCAGAAAAAUGGAGACUCGGUUCACUAGGGGCAAGUCUGCGAUUCUCGAGCGCUCGGUUACCCGACCAAAGACCGAGGUCAGCCUGAGUGCAUUCGCCCUGCUGUUCUCUGAGAUGGUGCAGUACUGCCAGAGUAGGGUGUACUCCGUGUCUGAGCUGCAGGCUCGUCUUGCAGACUUGGGCCAAGGCGUGGGGGCCAGCUUGCUGGAUGUGCUGGUGCUCAGGGAAAAGAAUGGGAAAAGAGAAACCAAAGUCUUGAACAUACUGCUUUUCAUCAAGGUGUCUGUGUGGAGGGCCCUGUUCGGCAAGGAGGCGGACAAGCUGGAGCAGGCCAACGACGACGACAAGACCUACUACAUCAUCGAGAAGGAGCCCCUGAUCAACGCGUUCAUCUCGGUGCCCAAAGAGAACAGCACGCUCAACUGCGCCGCCUUCACCGGGGGUGUGGUAGAGGCCAUCCUCACACACAGCGGCUUCCCCGCCAAGGUCACGGUGCACUGGCACAAGGGCACCACGCUCAUGAUCAAGUUCGACGAGGCCGUUAUUGCCCGAGACAAGGCGCUGGAGGGCAGAUAAGGGACAGCCGAAGGUGUGGAUUUAGAAGUGGCCUCUGUCUUUAACGGCAUUCUAUCCCCUAUGUAGUGCCCCUGCAUUUUGAUGUGGUUAUGGUGAAAAGAAGGGCAAAGCGAUUUAAAAGGGAGUGACGGCAUGCCAUUUAGGAUGCAGCUGUAAAGCGGAUGUACUGCAUGUACAUUAUUGGCGAUAAUGUAUGGAUGCUUUUCUCCAGUUUAUUUGGAUAAUGUGGGACGUAGGAGCAAGAACACACUGUAACUAGUCCAUAUUCUCCCCUCAAGGCUGCUCAAAGAGUUGGUUUUAGGAUUUUGGCAUUGAGACCCUUCAUCUACCUGAUGUUAGAACUUGUGGAUACCAUUUUUAUGUGUCUUGCAGGCAUGCUGAGGGAUGUUGCUAUAUAGUUAGAGGUCAGUAGGAACACCUAGAAAGGUAGUUGUCCCUGUAUACUUCAGCUGUUUGUGCUAAGUUAAUUCAUGUUUUUUGUAAGAAAACGCCUGUCAUACAAACUGAAGGCAAAAACCGAAAUGGUAUCAAUGGGUUCCCCUUUGGGGAAGUACAAACAGGGCUUCAUUGCCAGAAUCCUGAAUAACCUAUCACUUUAAAGGUUGUACUUGAUCAUAGCUACUUGGGUAGAGUCAAAUGUUACAUACAUUCAGCAAUUUGUGGGCCGAGUUACAGAACUUCCUAUACAUGGGCAGAGCGUGUUGUUAACCAGUGCUCCAGUUUUUGUACACAGUUUCAGAGUUUACCCCAAAAAAAAUUCUAAAUUCAUACACGCGCCUAUUUCUUGUAUUUUACCCAGUGAUGGGCCGAAGAGCUGAUCUGAUUUGGUUAUGAGACCAAAUAGACCACCGGGCCCCUUGGGUCCGCCUAAGUCAUUGGAAACUGACUGCAUAUGAGGAUCCCACCGUGUUGCAGAAUGCCUUGCCUUCACUCAUUUUAGCACUCCUUGUGGUCACUUGGGGGGGCCAGCAACCUCAACUGUAAUUUUUGGCCAGGGAAUGUGCUCUCCUCCAGGGCAUAUCUGCCAGCGACUACUAGUUGAGCCAACAGCUUGAUGAAACAAAAUGACAUGAGGAAAUUGUUAUUGGAGGACACAUGCCUCGGUAUUUGUCUCUCUCCCGGUCUGAUGGUGGAGUUGCUGCGAUGUCGCACAUGUUCUUCAAUUUUCAACUCGGACAUGAUAAUUGGAGAACAUGAAAAAUAAAACAUCUGAAUCAGG